CAUACCCAGGCUGUCUCCCACCAGCACGUCCGAACCAACACUCAAUCAAUAACUAGACAUUCAGCUCCAAACGCUCGUGCGUAAAGAGACGUUACGACCAGAGGAUAAAGUUGGCCAUCGUCUCGCGGGGCUGCAGAUCUUCCAGCGCACGCGAUCCUCCCGAUCGGGUCGCGAACGGAACGGGACCCGCGCGGACCACACAUGACCCCGCGCCCCGGCCGCGAGUGGAGCCUCAGAUGGGCGGCAGAGGCGUCAGCCUGUACCUCAGCAUGUUGAACGGGACGGACGCUCCGACCUUCGGAAAGGACUCCGACUUCAGCCUCCACUUGCACCGCGGCGGGAAGGAUCUAGCCGACUUCAAGAUGGGUAUUCAGGACGCGCGCUUCUACUACCCGGACACGGUGCCCAGCGGCCAGGACUCGCUCGCGCUGCCGUACCACCCGGACCCGAGCGGCGGGGGGGGUUUCGGCGGGCAGCAGGGGCGGCUCUACCCCCAGAACCUCGCGGGCGGCGGCUGUCCGUUCGGCGGGGUGCGCACGCCCUCGAGUUAUAUCCCAGCGAGCACCGACGGGUUCUCGAGCGCCGGUAAAGACGUGUACCCCCCCUCGCCAGAGAAUUACCCCGCCUUUCAGCAUGGCUACCCCCGCGCGCCCCUGUACCCGGUGCCUGGGCUACAGGUGUGCGGGAAGACCCACGCGCUCCUCAAUAACUAUCCGCUCUGGGCCAAGUUCCACAAGUUCCAGAACGAGAUGAUCAUCACCAAGCAGGGCCGGAGGAUGUUCCCCUUCCUGAGUUUCAACCUCAGCGUGCUGGACCCCUCGGCCCACUACAACGUCUACGUGGACGUGGUUCUGGCCGACCAGCACCACUGGAGGUACCAGGGAGGCAAAUGGGUCCAGUGCGGCAAAGCAGAAGGAAACAUGCCCGGAAACAGGAUAUACAUGCAUCCCGAUUCCCCCAACACAGGAGCCCAUUGGAUGAGGCAGGAAGUGUCAUUUGGCAAGCUGAAGCUCACCAACAAUAAGGGUGGGACUAAUAACACGGCACAGAUGAUCGUGCUGCAGUCACUGCACAAGUACCAGCCGCGGCUCCAUGUGGUGGAGGUGAAGGAGGACGGUUCAGAGGACCCCUUCCUGAGCUCCAAGACCCAGACCUUCGUGUUCCCUGAGAGCCAGUUCAUCGCCGUCACGGCCUAUCAGAACGCAGAUAUCACCCAGCUGAAGAUAGACAACAACCCGUUCGCCAAAGGAUUCCGUGACAACUACGAUACGCCCUACGCCCCCCUGGACAGCGAGCGCCUUACCCCCUCCCCCCUCGGCGAGAGCCAGCAGCUGUUGCCCGGGACCUGCUACCCCCAGGCCUACCUCUCGGACCAGUACAUGAGCCCCCCCCAGGCUCGCCUCUACGGCCGCGAGCCGCUCGGCAUGGGCCAGCAGCCCAAGGACCCCUCCCCCGCCCCCCACAGCCGCACCUGGUACCUGUCCCCCCAGCAGAACAUGGCCCCCGGCCGCCUGGACUUCCCCUCCUCCUACGAGACGGACUUCACCGGCAACGGAUUCUACAAGUCCUUCCCCCUGCAGACGCCCGCCCCCCACCACCCCCACCACCCCCACCACCACCCGGCGCUGGGCUACUACCCCGACCACACCUUCGCCUCCCCGGGCGUGGCCGUCUCCGGGGGCUCCCCGGGGGGCUGGUCCGCCGGCCGGCCCUCCUCGCAGUACCUCAGCCCCCACAGUAAGCCCCCCCCCAGCCUGGGCUGGUUCCGGCCCGUGUCCUCCUCCUCUUCCUCCGCCUCCUCUAACUCCUCCUCCUCCACGUCGCCCGGCGGCGCCCGGCUGCCCCCCUCGGGCCCCGCCCUCCUGGAACCCCUCCCCCGGGGGCCCGGCCCUCAGGAGAAGGCCAAGGAGGGGGGCGGCGGGGGGCUGCCGGGCGAGGACCCCUGGCUGGAGCCCCACUCGGUGAAGUCGGUGGACUCGGCCGACUCGGGGCUGUUCGAGGGGGGCGGGGCCGAGAGCAAGAAGAGGCGGGUCUCACCGUACGCGUCCAGCACGGAGAACUCGCCGCCCAUGCGCGGUGGCGGCGGCGGCGGCGGAGAGGUCUGCGAGAAGGACGGCGCCGGUGACGCCGGGUACUUCGGCUUCUACUCCCACUGACGGCCGGGACCGCAUCACGACGCCAACGCCAGCCCCGCGACGCCAACGCAAGCCCCGGGACGCACGCAGGGUCGACCCCGGAGAGACACACACAGGAACCUCUGAGACACACACAGGGACCUCUGAGACACACACAGGGACCUCUGAGACUGACACAGGAACCUCUGAGACACACACGGGGACCUCUGAGACACACACAGGGACCUCUGAGACACACACAGGGACCUCUGAGACACACACAGGGACCUCUGAGACACACGCCGUCACCUUCAACACACAAACUGUCUCCUCCGAGACACACAGAUUCAGAUACACAACCCCGAGACAAACACAGUCACUCCCAGGAUGCACACAGGCGCUAGACGAGAUGCAAACCUUCAACCCAGAGACGAACAGAGUCAACUGCAUCGUCACCUCCGAGACAAACAGAGUCAGCUCCGAGACUUCACUGGUCAGCUCCGAGACAAACACAGUCCCUUCCGAGACAAACACGUUCCCCUCUGAGACAAACACAGUCACCUCCGAGACACAGAUACCCUUAAAGUGUAUUUCCGGGGCAAAUUGAACCCAGGGUCUUUUUCGCCAUGAAAACCCAUAAAAUAAGCCCUCCGGACACAUUUUGUCAUUGAUGAUCAAGUAUUGCUUACCCAAAGUUGCCAGAGCAAUGUAACAACCCAAAUUACUUCCAUGUUAUUGGCUAGGAGCCCCGCGAACGCUUCCAAAUCGGCAUUUCUUAACCACUAAUAUUGCUAAAAAUAGCACAAAACCUCUGCAGUAGCAUGAUUAGUUGUUAAGAAAUGCCGACUUGGAAGCGUUUGCGGUGCCCCUAGCCAAUAACAUGGAAGUAAUUUGGGCUGUUACAUUGCUCCAGGCAACUUUGGGCAAGCUCUAUACUCGAUUAUCAAUGAAAAAAAGUGUCUGGAGGGCUUAUUUUAUGGGUUUCCAUGCCGAAUUUCUUUGCCGGAAUUACACUCUAAGUCCCUCCCACCUCCUCCUGAGUUAAUUAAGUAGUAAAUCUUCUGCCAGGUUGGGCCAUAUUUCAAAAUCUUUUCACGUGUUCAGUGAGGUCGCAUCAAGGGGCAGUUUAUCCGACGACAGAAUGUCCGAAAUGUGUGGUGAUGGAAAUUGGCCGCUCAACUGAUUCUAAAGCACAGGACUUCAUGCGAGGUGACACUCCCGAGCUGUGAGGGUCCGGGGAGGUUAGCGUCAGGGCUGAUGGUGAACCACCAGGCCCCCUCCGGCCCCGCAAACACCUGACAGACAUGCAGGAGAAACAUCUGCACACCUGCUAGCUGACGGGCCCCUGCAGGGAUGUUUAUAUGUAUCACUGUCUCUUCAGGUCUCCCCGUCUCUCUCUCUCUCUCUCCUCCUUUUCUCUUGGGUUAUCUCUGUCUCUUCACCGACCAGCCACACGUUCAUCCGUUUGGCUACGGAGGUGCUAUUUAUGAAGCUCGUCGGUACAACCGGAUCUAAAGGCAAUAAAGUCCACAAGGAGCUCAAGCUUCCUCAUUCAAAGUGUCAUUCCUCAUCAACAAAAUUAACAAAGAAUUAAAUGCUUCAUUUCCCAAAGGCAGCGUACAGAGAGAUUCUAACUUAGCCUCCUAUUCGAUCAAAUAGACUCGGGUUACGAAGGUGACCGUAGCACUUCAAAGAAUCACCAGUGGGUUCACCAGAGCUUUGUUUGUGGUUCUCUUCCUUUUGUUCUCCUUGUGUCCCCCGUCCUAAAUCCCCUCUGCGUCCAUGGGUUAGGCCCUGUCUCAGGCCUCCUCAGCCUCCUCCAGUCUCCUCUCGGGCCUCCUCCAGCCUCCUCUCGGGCCUCCUCAGCCUCCUCAGUCCCGUCUAGCCCUUGUCUAGCGCUCACCCUGCAUCUGCGUCGAUUUGAAUCCACACCUGUCUGGAGACGUGGCACCGGGGGGCCAACAGGGGGUCACGUAGCGUGGUUUAGUGUGAGCAGGUAGACAGGCCACCGGGCCCUGACGUGCUGUCACGCCGGCCGCAAAGGAAACCUAAGGUGGUCAGACACUCGCUCGAGUCUCGGGUCUCUCACUUAACGCGGUGGUUUGACAGAAUCCUGUUGUUCCAAGCCGGGGGGGGGGCCUCAACGAAUAGGAGGGAGCCAGACACAAUCAGGCGCUUCACACCUCCUCCACUCCUUCACACCUCCAACCCUUCACCCGUCCUCGGCUCGGAGGCGGAGUUAGGCGACACUGACAGCCUCCGUUGGACAGCGCUCAGCGACAGACUCAGUUUAGUUUGGCUGUCCCCGUUUUUUGGUUCCCAGCGUCCCGUGACCCUAAAGGACAGAGCAGGUCAAGGGUUUCACACCAGACGGGGGUUAACAUCGAAGCAGUUUAUCACCGAUGCACAAUAACCGAGUCUUCGUCAAACAAUAUAAAUUCACCGGAUUCAGUGAUUCAGGAACAUAUUGUUGUCUAACCACGCAUACAGUAAGUGCAUGCACGUGCAUACACCCACACACACACACAAUCAAAGAGGAGCAGCCAUCUUAACGGAAAUGUGCACUGAAUGCUGAAGCUGCCAAUAUUGAUAACGAGAUCUCCUUUGUAAAUUGUAAAAGUGUAAACAUUUAAAAGAAAACGUGAAAUGCCAGCAAAUAAUAACUCGUUCGUAUUUGCCUUAUGAAGAUUUUUUUGGAGGAUGUUGAUGAUGAUGAUGAUGAUGAUGAUGAUGGUGAUGAUGAUGAUGAUGGUGCACAUCAGACAUUUUGUAACCUCCAACUUUCUGUGGAGCGUUACACGCACCAUGUGACUGAGGAGAGCUUCAGUGAUUGGUCAGCUGAGCCGCUGGACUGAGGACCGGGUCGGAUGACCGGUGGUUGGAGUAGACUCAGGUCACAUGACCCACGGUGCUGAGCACGCUCAGGUCACAUGACCCGCGGUUCGAGCAGGCUCAGGUCACAUGACCCGCGGUUCGAACAGACUCAGGUCACAUGAUCCGCAGUUCACCUCCUCAGGUCACCUGAACUGCAGGGUUCUCCUGAAGGGUUCAGAACUGUCGCAAUAUACUGACGUUAAAACGUUGAAUUGUACUUUUCUUCAAAGUGGAAACAACCGUCGAGCAACGUUUACGGAAGGGUUUCAUGUUCUUAAUCUCCCUGAGUUUAUGUACAGAAGAAAUCAAUAUUAUGGAUCUGUGGCACAAUCAACUGUCAAACUAUAGUUAUGUCUUAUGCAGGACUUGAGGAAAUGUUCGAUUUUUAUUUUUUAAAUCUGCAAGGACAACCCAAAAUGGUGAUUAAUAUAUGAUUAGUUAAUAUGUACAGUAGACAAUUCUUGUCAAUGUUAUUUUAAGUGCAAUUAAGAGAAAUGGCAUUUGGUAUAUAUUUCAGGAGGGCUUUACAAAAUCCUUUGAUAAUCAACCGCUUCCUGAAAGUGUAAAUGUUUUGGAUUAAUGUUGUGUUACAUGGUUUGUCAUGAAGUAGACCGUCAGUGAACCGGACUCAGAGCUUACGUCCACGAACAGUAGAAUGCCUUUAGACGCCUCAGGACCGCCCCCUGGUGGAGAUCAAUGCUAUUACAAUCAGCGGUGCGAUCAUUAAAAUUCUCGCCUGACAAUCGCCAUUACAAAUCAAAUUCCCGUUUAUGUAUCCCGAUCCUUUAUAAGUGUAUUUCUCUUAUGUUUUCCAGAUUUUUGUCAUGGACAAUACUGCGAAAAACAUACCAACAGUAUUUUCUUACAAUCCUGUAGACCUGUCUGUUUGGUCGAGAGGGAUUGGAAUCAGGGUCAUGAUGUGGAAUCAGGGUCAUGAUUGUGAGAUCAGGGUUAUGAUUAUGGAGCCAGGUCUGUUUUUUCUAUUUCUGAGAUCCUGGUCUUAGAUAUUUUAGUUUCGAGUUUAUAAUUCUCACAAACUAAGAAUUCUGGAAACAAAUAAAAUAGCACGUGUCAAAUACAAAAAGAUAUGUUUGAAAGGGAAAUCAUUUAUUUAUUAAAAGUGUCAAACUUGUGUAUUGUACGGUUGUUUUUUUUUAUUGAUGAAUUAAACUUAAUUGCAAACCUCAAA